AUGGCGCUACUACCAGAUCUCGAUGUGAGGACUGUACUUAAUGUUGUUGAGGAAAAUUAUGAAAAGGAAAAAUUGAAAACCUUUGCUAUCCGCAUGGUUUAUACAGGCGAACACUGCUUGACGAAGGAUGGAAUUAUAAAACAAUUUCAACAAUGUAUACAUGAUGUUAACUCUGGUUACUGUGAAAUAAAUGUUCAUGGACUGCUACUGGUCUACGAUAGUUAUUUUGUUCAUAUUGUUGAGGGAUCUGAAGAUACAGUACACAGACAUUUACGGUUUCUAUUCAACCGUGAAGUACAGUGGAUAGACUGGAUGAAGAAACUUGACGAGGAAGCUACUGAAGACGACGAAAUGGAAGGAACUAAACUAUUAGAAGAACCAACUGAAGUUGUCGAAAGAAAAAUGUUUAAACGCCUCAAACUGUUGAUAGUGUAUCAUUCAAUUACAAUUCGUCUCUUCGACGGUUGGCGAGCUGUGACCGCGCGGCCGCCAUCUUUGGUUGGAAAGUUAGACGUUUAUGGCCCUCUAGCGGAGCACAUAGAACAAUUGCGGAUUUGCCUCGAUAAGAUCAACAAGUUCUGCACACUUGCUCAUGAUGAUGAAGAGCUAUCAUUUAUGGGUUUAAGCGCUAAUGACCCAAAAAUGGAAACGCUCCCCGAAGUAGCUCUAUUGGACUUUCUGCUCCAAUCACAACAUAUUCUGGACCUCCGUCAAAUAGUGCAUUUGCAUCGGCGCGUCGAUGAUUAUGCUUUUUAUUUCGAAAAAGUGUGGCCGUUACCAACGCAUUUUACGCCGAGACUCCUCUACAAGUUAAAAGUUGAUGACUCCUUCGUCGAACCGUUACCUGUUAUGCCCUGGGAGCUCGUGAAGAAGGAAGUAGCUGAAGACGAAGAGAGGGAGGAACAAAGCGGCAGUUCUUCUAGUGAUUAA